AUGACCACGGCCCAGAACGGCCAUGGGCGCGGGGCCGCAGCCGCCGGUCCCGUCUCCGGCCCGAGGGGCCCCAAGAUGGUGACUUCCCCAGCGUGUCAGAACGGAAGCUGCAGCCGCAGCAGCCCUGGCGGCGGCGACGCGGACGCCCGGGAGGCCAGACCGAGCCCUUCCAAGCUGGUGCGUCUGUUCUCGGUGGGUCGGAAGCGGACGAGCGGCCACCCCGAGAGGCCCCGCUCCCUGGUGCUGAUGGGGAGCUCCUCCACGUGGACCGCCCUGGCCUCCUUCCGCAAAAUGGGGUCUUUCAAGAAAUGGAAGGCCUCGGUCCUUCACGGCAUCCAGAGCCGAGAGGCGCGCGACGCCCCCCCGGAGGCCGCCUCGCAGCGCGAGCCGGGCGCGGCCGUGGGGAACGGCGCGGCGCGGGGCCUGCCGGCGGGCGAGGGCGGCGCUUCCGAGGGCUCGGAGGCCGAUGAGGCCGACGACGCGUUCCAGCGCAGCACGCACCGCUCGCGCAGCCUGCGCAGGGCCUAUGGCCUGGGCCGCCUCAGCCUGCUCGACCCCGAGCGCCUCGGCCCGGAGCCCGCCGCGGAGCCGGAGGAGCCGGGCGCGGGCCCCCGGCGCAGCAGGAGCACGGACGGCCUGAGUUUCCUGAAGAAGAGCUCCUUUAAGCGCAAGUCCACCUCCAACCUCGCCGACCUGCGCGCGGCGGGCGACCGACCCGCGCCCCGCCGCACCCUGAGCAGCUCGGCCGCCGACGCGGGCGCGGACACGCUGGGCGGCGCCGCAAGCAGGACCAAGCGCUGGAAGAGCCCGGUCCGGGCCCGGGACCUGGACCGCGUGCUGAGACUCGUGAGCAACGUGACGGACGCGGCCUGGAGGAGGGAGAGCCCCGAGAGCGGGGCGGCCCCCGGCGAGGCCGGCUUCUGGCCGCGGCGCCACAGCAGGCUGCACGACGACUACUCGCGCCGGGCGGCCGGCGACAGCAGGCGGGCCGCGGCUCCCGGGCCCCGCGCCCACGUGCACGCCGCCGCCUGCCCUCUGGACGCCGAAAGCUCCCGCACAUCGGAGCCCAACGGCCCUUGUGGCGGCGGCAGCUCCUCUCCGAGUCCAAGCGCCCAGGACGCACCCAGUGCCGGCAGUCUGCUCACGUUUGACCCCGGGCAGCCGCCCACCCCUCUGCCGCCCACCACGCCCAAGCCCCAGAGCCCUCAGAGCCCUCAGAGCCCAGGGGCUGGAAGUGCCGAGCACCCCGGCAGUCACAGUGCGCUGUCCCUGAGUUCAGUGGAGACUGAAGAAAGGGCAGAGGAUGCUUCUCAGAGGGAGCCAGGGCCCGUGUCCUCCCAGGGUUCGGCACAAACCACACGUGGCGAUGAGGACAGCGGGGACAGCUACCGUCAGCUGAGCCCCAGCGGGGCGGCUGAGCCGAAAGGAAAGGAGGAGGAGGAGGUUGCCACUGAUGACCCCUGGAGCCGAGGCACGUCACAGGAUGAAGAAUGGAUGGAGGCACAGAGAAUCACCAGGAGGAGAUGGAGUUCUGGGAGGCGAUCAAGGCCUCGUCCACUCUCUGACUAUGGCCAGCUGGUCAGCCGGAGUUUGUCAAUUCCUGAAGACUCAAUUGCUGUAGACCCCCAGAAGGAGGACUUUGUGGACGGGGACCCCCAGGCAAGCAUGACCUCUAAUGGCGCUGCAGACCAGAAUGCCUCCCUGGGCUGCCCUAAAGGAGGCCUGAGAAGACGCCCCAUUUCUGUGAUCGGUGGGGUCAGCUUCUAUGGGAACAACCAGGCAGAGGAAAUAGAGAAUCUGCUAACCCAACCGGCGGCGCGGCCGCCCGUGCCCGCGCACCAGGUGCCGCCCUACAGAGCCGUGUCGGCCCGGCUCCGGCCCUGCGCCCUGUCCCGGAGCACGCCCAUCGGGCUGGACCGCGUGGGACGCCCGCGGCACAGGAGAGCAGCCAACAUUUCCUCAGAUGGAGGUACUGAGGCCUCUGUCUUAGUCGAUGACGGUAGUGAGGAGGACUUCAGCUUUGAAGAGCUUUGCCAGGCCAACCCUCGGUACCUACAGCCGGGAGGGGAACAGCUGGCCAUCAACGAGCUGAUCAGCGAUGGCAGCGUGGUCUGUGCAGAAGCCCUGUGGGACCAUGUGACCAUGGAUGACCAGGAACUGGGCUUCAAGGCCGGCGACGUCAUCCAGGUUCUGGAAGCCUCUAACAAGGACUGGUGGUGGGGCCGAAAUGAGGAUAAGGAAGCCUGGUUUCCCGCAAGCUUUGUCAGACUGCGAGUCAAUCAAGAGGAGCUGUCAGAAAAUUCCAGCAGCACCCACAGCGAGGAGCAGGAGGAGGAUGGCAGCAAAACACGCCAGAGACACUGUGAGAACAAGCACCAGAUGAGGACAAACGUCAUCCAGGAGAUCAUGAACACCGAGCGGGUAUACAUCAAGCACCUCAAGGACAUCUGUGAGGGCUAUAUUCGACAGUGUCGCAAGCACACAGGAAUGUUCACUGUUGCACAACUAGCCACUAUUUUUGGAAACAUUGAAGAUAUUUACAAAUUCCAAAGAAAGUUCUUGAAAGACCUUGAGAAACAGUACAAUAAAGAGGAACCUCAUUUAAGUGAAAUAGGAUCCUGCUUUCUUCAACAUCAAGAGGGCUUUGCUAUCUACUCCGAGUACUGCAACAACCACCCGGGUGCCUGUGUGGAGCUCUCCACGCUCAUGAAGCAGGGCAAGUACAGACACUUCUUCGAGGCCUGCCGCCUGCUGCAGCAGAUGAUCGACAUCGCCAUCGACGGGUUCCUCCUCACGCCCGUGCAGAAGAUCUGUAAAUACCCUCUGCAGCUGGCCGAGCUGCUCAAGUACACCACGCAGGAGCACAGUGACUACAGCAACAUAAAGGCAGCUUACGAGGCCAUGAAGAACGUGGCAUGUUUGAUCAAUGAGCGCAAACGCAGGCUGGAGAGCAUAGACAAGAUCGCACGCUGGCAAGUGUCCGUUGUGGGCUGGGAGGGACUGGAUAUUUUAGACCGAAGCUCAGAGUUGAUUCAUUCUGGGGAAUUGACCAAAAUCACAAAGCAAGGCAGGAGCCAGCAACGGGUGUUCUUCCUGUUUGACCACCAGCUGGUGUCCUGCAAGAAGGACCUGCUGCGCAGGGACAUGCUCUACUACAAGGGCCGGACAGACAUGGAUGAGAUGGAGCUCGUGGACCUGGAGGACGGGAGGGACAAGGACUGGAACCUCAGCCUGAAAAAUGCCUUCAAGCUCGUCAGUAGGACCACGGAUGAGGUUCAUCUGUUUUGUGCCAAAAAACAAGAAGACAAGGCAAGGUGGCUGCAGGCCUGUGUGGACGAAAGGAGGCGGGUGCAGGAGGACCGGGAGAUGGGAAUGGAAAUUUCUGAUAGUCAAAAGAAACUUGCCAUGUUAAAUGCUCAAAAGGCAGGACAUGGAAAGUCAAAAGGCUAUAGCAGCUGCCCUGUGGCCCUGCCACACCAGAGCCUGCAUCCCAUCCACCAGCGCCACGUCACCGUGCCCACCAGCAUCCCCCAGCAGCAGGUCUUUGCCCUGGCAGAACCCAGGAAGAAGCCCUCACUCUUCUGGCACACCUUCAAUAAGCUCACCCCUUUCAGGAAAUGA